AUGAGUGAAGAACCAGAUUUUCUUUUUAUAACUAAAGAGUCAGAAGACUCACAUGUUAUGAAUGAAAAAUCAAAUAAUGUUGUUAUUAAUAAAGAGCCAGAAGACUCUAUGAGUGAAAGCCAAGGAUUAAGUGAUAGCUUUUUUGACUUUGAUUUUGAAGUAGAUGUAUCAGUGCAAUUUACUAAAGCCAUGUUGGCUGAUAUGAAAUUUAUGACUGAAAACUGUAAAUUUGAAGCUACUGUGCAAAGAAAAUUCCUAGAAAACAAGUAUCUAAUACAAACAAUUUGUUUAAAAGAUUUAUAUUAUACAAUGCAAAGACUUCACCCUAAUAACAAAGCAUUACUCAAUGAUGCGGCAAAGGUAUGA